AUGUACCUAUUGCUACAAUACAUGCUCAGUCGCUACGUUCAUACGUGGAGAGUGCCGCACACAGGAGGAACAACGUUACUAUUAGAAUUACAAAAUUUCUUUCCAAGUGAUAUAGAAUAUGAGCCAGGUGACCAUCUAGGAGUAUUUCCCUGUAAUAAGACUUUUCUUGUUGACGGAAUUUUAGCGAAACUUGAUAGUAAUUUUGACAGUGACAUGAUAAUAGAAUUGCAACUUCAAAAACAAGUCCAUACACCUAACGGUGUUGUUAAAACAUGGAUUGCUCAUGACAAGUAUCAGGGUCACUCACUGAGAACUUUGUUGACAAGAUUUAUUGACAUAACUACACCACCAUCGCCCAAUCUAUUGAAAUAUUUCGCUUCAAUUGCCUCUGAUUCUCAAGAAAGAGAAAGGUUAAAUAUUUUAGCAUCUGAUUCAGUCGUAUACGAAGACUGGAGGUACUGGAAUCAUCCGAAUCUCUUAGAAACUUUAAUAGAAUACCCAUCAGUGAGGCCAUACGCUCCAGUUUUACUUGUCCACUUGACUUUACUGCAACCAAGAUUCUAUAGCAUUUCAUCAUCGCCGUUAUCUAGUCAUAAUCAAAUUGACUUAACAGUUGCAGUUGUGCAGUAUAAAACUAAAGGCGAAACUGGACCACUACAUUAUGGAGUCUGUUCAAAUUAUUUGAAAGAUGUUUCGCAAAAAGAGUUAAUAUACAUUUUUUUCCGCAGUGCACCCAACUUCCAUAUGCCAGAAGACAAAUCUUUACCGAUCAUACUGGUUGGUCCUGGAACAGGAAUAGCACCGUUUCGAGCUUUUUGGAAUCAUCGGAAAGCUGAAAAAAAUUCUCUGAAAGAGAUUAGUUUCGGGAAAAUAUGGCUAUUUUUCGGAUGCAGAUUGAAAAUGCUGGACUUAUACAGAGAUGAAAAAGAUCACAUGAUUAUUUCGAAUAUUUUAAAUAGAGAAUUCUUAGCUUUGUCAAGAGAGCCUGGAAUCAGUAAGGCGUAUGUACAAGAUUUGAUUCAAGUUGAAGCUAAGAAUAUAUAUAAAAUGUUAGUGCAUGAGAAGGGACAUUUUUACGUGUGUGGUGAUUGUACUAUGGCUGAAGACGUUUAUCAAACUUUGAAACAAAUCAUUAAAACUCAUGGAAAUAUGACAGAACACAAAGUUGAAAAUUACAUGCUAUCACUUCGCGAUGAAAAUCGAUUCCAUGAAGAUAUAUUUGGUAUCACUCUUCGUACAGCAGAAGUACAUAAUCGAUCUAGAGAAACAGCUAGAAUCAAAUUGAUCUCUAAACCAUCAAAUGAUACAAACCUCGAGAUGAAUGUAAGCAAGGACUGAGUGAGAAUUGAAAUCUAAUCAAGAUAAAGUUGAAUUAUUGCGUCAAUACAUAAUAGAUUUCAAUUUUAAUAUGAAUAAGAAUUAUAUUUAUGAACAAUUAUCUGAUUUGUAUAUGUUUAUUUGGUAGUCUAAAUAUACUGUAU